AUGCAAUUCUGCAACACUGAUAUAGGAAAUACCAAACUGUCCGGAGACAAUGGAGUACUUGAAGUGGACAAUCUGCAGCCGCUGGUCGGUACCUUUUCCCAUGACGACAGAAAAGGAAGCGUGGCAUCCGUGGCGUGGCGGGAACUUGCGAAAUAUCUCAAGUGGUCACGUGUGCAAAGGCAAUCAAAGAUUUCCGUACUUGAAUGCUGUGCAAGCCACUUUGGGGGAAAAAGGCCAUUAUCGACUUGACGCACUCCUGCGGCCCGUUUCCGAUCUGUCACCACGGUGCCGUCUGCAGGAUGCGACCUCACGCCCGGCGCGACGAUUGUCACGGGUGUCAAGUGUCUGGCCAAAAAUUGGUAA